GUCUAUCCAAAUAGAGCUGCUAUCCUUCCAAUUGCCCUACCACUCAACCAUCCCAUCCACUGUUAUUCCCGUGAAUACGUGAAAUAAAAAAAGUCUCUCGGUGAGGUGUGGGGGGGAUAUUUGAUACUUGAUGAAACGUGACCUCUCUCAGGCCCGUCUCUAUGACAACAGUAAACAAACACCCGGAGGGCCACAUUAGCGUUAGCCUUACUUUUGUGGCCCUAAGUUAGCCGUUGUGCGAAUUAUUGCGAGUAAUCUUUCGACCUCCUCGUCUUAGAAUAUAACUAUUUACGUAGUGUUAUUUCACGUUAGUUGACGCAGCAGACAUGCCCAAAAAGAAAGCCAUCAAAACGAAAAAGGCAAAAGCCGGCAAAGGGAAAAAGGAUGGUAAACAAGAAUCCAAAGUGGACCGGGAGUCGGACCUGGAGAAGGCCCGCUCCAACGCGGCUCUGUGGGAGCUGAGGCUGCAGGUCACGGAACAGUCCCUGACGCAGUACCGAGAGUCUUGCAGAAAGCUGGCCCGGGCGAAUGAAGAACUAACCAACGACCUGUACCGCGUAGAGAAGGAUAGCGUUGACACCACUUGGUUCUUCAACAAGCAAGAUGCAUCCAAGGAGGAAAAGAUUCGUUCGCUGCAGGAAACCCUUAAAAACCAGACAGCACAAGCACGUGACCGGGAGAAGCAGCUGAUUUCCGAAUACACACAACAAUUGAAUGAGAUGAAGGAACUGUUCGAGAAACGGUCAAAAGACUUCAGCAUGAUAGAAGAGGGGAUGAGAAGAAUUAAAGCAUUUGAGAUCCAGAAAGCACAAAUGGAACAAGAGGUUGCUGAUAUUCGAGAAAGCAUGGAGAAAGCUGAAAAGAGACACAGGGAAGACCUCAACAAAGUGGAGUAUGAUUUUUUUAAAGAAAAGGCUCGAUUGGAGGAGGAAGCGGAGAAAACCAUCUCUUUGGUGGUGCAGAGGGCCCACAGUGAAGCGGUUGUACAGCUGGAUGAUGCCUCACGAUCAGUCUUUAGAGAAAAUGUACGUUUGAAUGAAACCCUAAAGCUUCACAUGAGGGAAACUGAAGAAUUGCAAAAACGUAACCGGUCUCUGAUCAAGCAAAAUGAUGCCUUGUUUUUGGACAAGAAGACAUACGAGGGUAUAAUGAAGAAGAAUGCUGCCCAGAUCUCUGUUCAACAAGAAGAGCUGUCACAGCUCCAGUCCAAAGUUGCGUCACUGGAGGAGGCCCUAAAGCAAAAGGAAUUCCAAUUGAAGCAGGAAGAAGAGAAGCAGAAGCAAAUGUUGGUGUCUUCUGAAGCUGGCCAGGUGGAGCUGGACAAACUGCAGAAGGUACUCAGUAUGCGUGAUAAGGAGCUGUCCCACAUCAAGAGGCUGGCAGCAGUGAUUGUGGAGCAGAGGACAGAGUUGGAGAGGUUCUUUCAUGAAGCAUUGGCAGAGGUCAAGCAAGAGGUCAUGGUCAGCAGAUCCAAAUACAAGAAAGAUGCACUACAGGCUUAUCGUUGGACACUCAAGGAAGCCAAUGGGGGGAAAAUUAAGUUUCCACCCAUUCGCAAUUUUCACAAAAUCCCUCACAGUACCAACUCUGUCUACUCAGACAUGGAAGCGGCUGCCAAGUGGACUCACCAGGCUGGCAGUAAAGUAGAAAUCUCCGAUCUUACUUGGGAGCAAAAAGAACACGUCUUGAGGCAUCUUUUUGCAAAAAUGAAUGGACAGGCUGAAAGAAAGAACAGCAAAAAUUUCACUCUGUCUGCCCCUCCAGAGAAGAAGAACCUCAUUGACAGUGAUGCUGCCAGAAUGAAAGAAGGAGCCCUCCACUUUCCUCACGCAGGCAUCCGCGUCCACUCUCCCCUCCAACCCCAGCAGCCUGCCCCAUAUACACCCAGCCUGACCUCUGUGUGGCCUCUGGAGCUCACACUAUUUUACCAAUAA